AUGGCGAAGACGAAGCAGGGAAAGAAGGACGUGGAUUCGUACACCGUCCGCGGCACCAACAAGGUCGUCCAUGGUAAUUUCCCGCACCCCCGAUCCGGCUGUAUCUGUUUUUCCCGUGAGAGGUAUCUGAUGCUGCUGCAAUGUCUGUGCCGGGAAGUGGGCGACUGCGUGCUGAUGCGGGCGUCGGACUCGGACAACCAGCCGUAUGUGGCGCGGGUGGAGAAGAUGGAGGCCGACGGGCGCGGCAGCGUACGGGUGCGGGUGCGCUGGUACUACCGCCCCGAGGAGUCCAAGGGCGGCCGCCGGCAGUUCCACGGCGCCAAGGAGCUAUUCCUCUCCGACCAUUUCGACCUGCAGAGCGCACACACCAUUGAGGGGAAGUGUGUUGUCCACUCUUUCAAGAACUACACCAAGCUUGACAAUGUCGGGCCUGAGGACUUCUUCUGCCGAUUCGAGUACAAGGCGGCCACCGGUUCGUUCAUCCCUGACCGCGUGGCAGUGUAUUGCAAAUGUGAGAUGCCAUACAACCCCGAUGACCUCAUGGUGCAGUGCGACGCUUGCAAGGACUGGUUCCAUCCAUCUUGCAUGUCUAUGACCAUUGAACAGGCCAAAAAGCUAGAUCACUUUGUUUGCUCAGACUGUUUGAAAGAAAAUGGUUCAAAGAGACUUUCAAAUGCAUAUGCCACUUCACCAAAUUCUGAGCCCAAGGUUAUUGGGUUCAUUUUUUUUGGUGUUCUUUGA